AUGAUGGUAUCGCUAGCUCGCCAAAUAAGACCGGUCUUCCGCCGUUGCAUCAUCACCGGCCGCCGCUUUCUGACGAUCAACGCAACGGACGCCGCCUCGAAGCUCCUUGACACAUUUGUUGGCAAAUGCGUCGUCCACAAACAAGUCCUUGACUCCAACCAGCUUCAGCGCCUCAGCCUAACCCUCAACCGCAAGGAGCUGCAUCCCGGACAAGACGUCUCAGCAGACGCGCCUGUGCAGGGUACGCCGCUGCCACCGGGUUAUCACCUCGUCUACUUUACUCCAGCCGGCGUCGAGAGCGAGCUGGGUAUGGACGGAUCUGAUAAAACUUUCAACGCGCCCACCCCGUUUACGCGGCGGAUGUGGGCUGGUGGGAGGAUGCAGUUUCCGGAGGGGAUUGCGCUCAAGGUGGGCGAAGAAGUCGAGGAGCGGACGCGGCUGGUGGCAGCGACGCCGAAGAGAAGCAGGAGCGGUGAUGAGAUGGUGCUGGUGAAUGUUGAGAAGGAGUUUUGGGGCCGUGAUGGUCUAGCUGUCAAGGAUCAACGGUCAUGGAUCUUCCGCCCGGAGGUUGAUUGUUCCCAUGCCGUAAAUACGGCGCCACCGCGGAGCGAUCGACCGCCCGCCUCGGGACCCUCCACAGUCGCCGAUGUGGAAGGCGAAGGCGGUGUCAUGGUCCGCCAUCUUCGAUGGUCACCGGUCGGUUUGUUCAGAUUUUCCGCUUUGACGUUUAACGGCCAUAAAAUUCACUACAACGAAUCUUGGACCAAGGACAUUGAACGCCAUCCCAAUGUCGUAGUCCAUGGACCUCUGAACCUGAUCAACAUGCUCGACUACUGGCGAGACAUGUACGGACAGGGUGGCAGGGAGGUGCGGCAAGUUGAUUACAGGGCUAUGUCGCCGGUGUAUGCAGGUGAUGAGUACACUAUUCGCACAGCUUGUGCUGAGGGUGACAAUAAUUAUGAGAUUUUGGUUGAGAAGGGCAGUACCGUCUGUAUGAAGGGAACCAUUCAGGGGAGCUGA